GCCUUGCUCGAGCACUUGCGUCGUCGCAUCGCGCCCAAGGCAAAACUCCACCUCGGCCACCGACCUGGGACCAGCAAUGCUACCACCGAAGUCGCUCGUCAGUGCGGAAAACCCUGGCCAGGGCAACAGGAAUAGCGCAGGAGAGAAAAAAGCAGCACCCACCGCCGGCUCCCUGCCCGCUGCCGCGACGAGCGCCUGCAACGUGGGCCCGCCUUUGUCUGGCCGUCUGGGUGGCAUUUCGAAGCAGCAAGAGAAGCAGCUUCUUUCGUAUCCAUGCAAGAAAAGCAACGACAGCGCCAGCACCAGAGCCAGCACCAGCGUCAGCUGCUGCACCGUCUGCACCUUCCCGGACCUCUGCAGCUCCUAUCACGACCGCCGCCACAGGCACAUCUGCAUUCCUGACGACUAUUGA